AUGUCACUUACGCCUUCGGUCUUGCCCGACAACCUAGACAGCAUAGCUGACUGGAAGUGGGACGAUCACUACGACUUCCCGAGAGACUUGAUUGGCUACGGCGAGAAGAGCCACAAUCCCCAAUGGCCUAACAACGCGAAGAUCGCGGUCUCCUUUGUGAUCAACUAUGAAGAGGGUGCUGAGAAUAGUGUGUUGAAUGGCGAUAUCCACAGCGAGAACCAUCUGUGGGAAGCUCCGGGCGGUCCACCAAGACUCAAGGAGCGUGCUGUGAAUGUCGAGUCCGAGUAUGACUAUGGUGCAAGAGCAGGAGUCUGGCGUCUGUUCCGACUCUUCAACAAGCACGACAUGAAGUUUACCCUCUAUGGUGUCGGUAAGGCUUUAGAGGACAAUCCAGCGGUUGGCCGUUCCUGUGUUGGAAACGGUCAUGAUGUUGCCAGUCAUGCAUACCGCUGGGUUGACUACCACGACUUCCCUCCAGAGAAAGAAAAGGAGUAUAUUCGCAAGGGCAUCAACGCAAUCAAGGAUGUCACAGGCGAGUAUCCGAAGGGAUGGUAUUAUGGUCGUCUGAGUCCAAAGUCGCAAGCACUUGUCUGGGAUGUGUACAAGGAGAUGGGCAUUCCACUUCUGUGGAUGUCAGACUCGUACGCUGAUGAUGUUCCGUAUUGGGUCGAUGUGCCUGCAGAGAAGGGCGUCGAGAAGGCUGAAGGCAUGCUGAUGAUCCCGUAUUCCUAUGACUGCAACGAUUACAAGUUCAACGUGCCAACAGGCUUCGGCAGCCCGACAGACUUCUACGACCAUGUCAAAGGCGCAUUCGACGUGCUUUACGAAGAAGGCUCUGAGGGAUCGCCAAAGAUGAUGACAAUCGGUCUUCACUGCAGAUGCAUUGGCAAGCCUGCUCGUUUCGCAGCCUUGAAGAAGUUUGUCGAGUACAUUGAGCAGAAGGAAGGUGUCUGGGUCACGACGCGUACUGCCAUUGCCGAGCACUUCCGCUCGACGUUCCCAUACAAGAAGGGACAGCUUGCUUAG